AUGACUUCCCGAAAUUUGACGAAGAAACAGGAAAUAGCAGUGAUGGACUUUAUAUCCUUUCUAUUCUCAUGCCCCGAAGCAAAAAGAAACGGAUUUGCCCUCCUUGGUAAGGAUCUCAAGGGUCUGCUCAAAAACAGAAACGCGCCAAGCUACGUGGCUCUGCGGUCUUUGGAGUUCUCGGACAAUCAUUCACAUUACGAACUACACGAAUGCCUCACAAGUCCGGAUCAGAAGUUCGACCGCAACAGCAAAGAACACCGCGUUGGCGAUGUGACCAUCAACAUCUCGGGAUGCCUCACCAAGCACGGCGUUACACAAGUCACCGGCUUUGGCUGGCUGUUCCAUCUUAGCAAUUCCGUUUUGACAACAAUGGCUCUUGUAUACAUGGAAGGGAAGCUGUCGGUGCAAAUGUUGGAGAUUAAAGAUCACGGGUGUUUGUGA